CAGGACAGAGAGGGAGCAAUGAAUAGCAGGAAGUGGUUUCCAGCACUGAAGCUGGUGGCUUUACUGUGCUGCCUCAGUCUGCAGCCUGUUGAAACGGGAAAGGUGCUGGUCGUGCCGGGGCAUGGAAGCCACUGGCGCAGCAUGAAGUUACUGGUGAAAGAGCUCACCCACAGGGGUCAUGACAUGUUGGUGCUGGUGCCCGGAACCAAUCUAAUACAUGAUUUAGAGCAAUUCAAGACUGAGAUCUAUCCAGUGGAAUAUACCCAAGGUGAAGUGGAUGGAGUCGUGGAAGAGCUGAUUGAUAGAAUCUUCCUCGAGUUACCAAAGUUCACGUCCAUGUUAAUGACGGCGCAGCUGUUUGUUAACAUUACUCAUUACGCCAUUAGAGGUUGUGAAAGUUUGCUUAACAACCAGCAGCUAAUGAGUCGAUUAAGAGAGACCAGCUUCGAUCUGAUACUUACAGACCCCCUCGACCCCUGUGGCUCCAUACUGGCUCGUGUCUUUUCCAUUCCAACUGUGUACUUCCUGCGUGGACUUCCAUGUCUGUUAGAAUACAGUGUAAACCAGUGUCCCAGUCCUCCCUCUUUUGUUCCUUCGUUGCUCUCUGGAAAUAUAGAUGUCAUGAACUUCCCAGAGAGAGUCAAAAAUGUGCUUCUGUCUGUUGUGGAUCAUUUUGGAUGCAGAUUAUUUCUUGGCCACUAUGAUGAAAUGGUGAGCAGGUAUUUUGGAGAGGACAUGACCUACAAGGAUCUUAUUAGCCAUGGUGAUAUCUGGUUAUUGAGAAAUGACUUUGUUUUUGAAUGGCCCAGACCUGUCAUGCCAAACAUGGUCUUCAUUGGAGGUAUCAACUGUGCUAAGAGUGCUCCUCUGCCACCAGACUUGUCAGAGUUUGUGGACGGCUCAAGUGAUGAUGGAUUUAUAGUCUUCACCCUGGGAUCAAUGGUGCCCAAACUGCCCGUGGAGAAGGCUCAACAGUUCCUUGAUGUCUUUGGACAAAUUCCUCAAAGGGUUGUGUGGAGAUAUACUGGAGUACCACUUUUGAAUGUGCCCGAGAACAUCAAGCUCAUGAAGUGGCUACCGCAGAACGAUCUCUUAGCCCAUUCCAAGGCUAAACUCUUCAUCACUCACGGAGGCUCCCAUGGAAUCUACGAGUCCAUCUGCAAUGCUGUACCCAUGCUGAUACUUCCACUGUUCUGGGACCAGGAAGACAACAUGCUUCGCAUGGUGACACGUGGUGUUGCAGAGACGCUCAAUAUACAUGAUGUGACCACAGACAAACUAUUGGCAGCAGUAAAUAAAAUCAUCCGUGAUAAAAGCUACAAAGAGAGGAUAGUGGAGCUGUCUCACAUACACCUGGAUCGUCCCCUUCAGCCGAUGGAACAGGCUGUCUUCUGGACCGAGUUUGUCAUCAGGCACAAAGGGGCUGCACAUCUGAGAGUCGCUGCCCACCAGCUGACCUGGGUUCAGUACCACAGCCUGGACAUCAUCGGCUGUUUGAUCGUCGCUCUCAUGACCGCUCUGUGGGUGACCCUGAAAUGCUGCUUGUUCUGCGUGUGCUACAAAAGAGGACGUGCAAAGACGAAAUCAGAGUAGUGACAUACUUCCGGUGUUAUAAAGUCUGUGAUGAAGUAAGUGAUGUAGGUUGAUGCAGUGGGCAGUUUGUCCUUUUCCUCAUCCAGAGGCAAUCAUUCUAUGAUUAAAAUCACUAUCAGUAUAA